AUGGCCUCAGAGGAGAAUAAUAUUGGCCCAAUCCAUAAGAAAGCCUUUGUGGUCUCCACGGGGUUCUUCUUAGGAUUAGCUCUAAUUGCGGUCAUCGUCCGCUUCGUUGUUCGGUUUCCUAUACAAAGACAAAGGUUCCAGAUCGAUGAUGCUUUACUCCUACUUGCCAGUGCGCUCUUACUGGCGGCACUCAUCAUCAUGUACAACAAGGCCGUCAGCACAAUGUACCUGCUCAUUGCCAUUUCUUCGGGGCAUAUCAGUCUCGAUUUAGAAAUGGAAGAAAUGAGAAAUCCUGCCUUAUUGACUGAUAAGGCAUUGGACUUCCAUAAGUGGGCUAUUGCUUCGCUGAUGCUUAGCUGGUUAACCAUUUCGGCGGUUAAGUUCUUCUUCCUUCUUUUCUUUUGGAGAUUGGUCGAUCGUUUACGAAACUGGAAGAUUUACUGGUGGUUCCUGUUUAUCUUCAACAUCGCCAAUGCGACCUUCGGUGUCUCGGUUUUCUAUGUCAGUUGUCCUCAUUGGGGCGAAGCAGCACUUACAUGUCCCACUGGAGGAUGGUCCAGUAGUAUCGUUAGAUACUCAUCGGGUCAAAUUUUCAUGGAUAUUGUCGCCGAUAUGCUGAUCCUCGUCAUCCCAAUCGGACUUAUCUGGAACGUCUCCAUGGAGCUCAAACAAAAGCUAGUCGUCGGUGGCUCCCUAUGCCUCACAUCAAUCCUAGUCGCCCUUUCAGUAGCGCGAGCCGUCGGACUCCGCUUCCGCGAUGAAGACUACGACGUAUGGGAGAUGUACUGGCUCACGCAAAGCGCCAACUUCAGCGUCCUUCUCGCCGCAGCCAGCGCCUUCCGAUCCUUCUUCGUUGCACACCGACAAAGCAAGGCCUCACAACCCGAAUCUCAAGACUACGUCAACAAACGCUCCGUUGGAUCCGAUCGCAAAAACACCAGCUUCUUCUCUGAUAGCGCUUCAGAGCAUAGUCAAGCUGAUAACCUCGUCGCGUUGUCACCCGCACACAGGCAUUCAAAUCAAACGGAUGUGGAGACUGUGGUAUCAAGGGAUAAAGAGACAGAGUGGAGUGCGUUACCUACUUCGAACUCUCCCUCAACGCAUGCCCCGGAGUCCAUCUGUGAUCUUAGUACUGCAGAGGGAUUCUUCUUCGUUCAAAAGCCCCAUCCUGUGAAUCUCCCUUCGCGGGCUUGA